CUGUCGCCUGCCUGUACGCCCGGGGCUGCAGGGCUGGAGCCGGCUCACCUCCCGCUGCGCUCCGAGCAGAAUCGGCUCACGCCACACACAUAUCUCAGCUGACACGGCGGCUGCAGGCCUCUGAGCUGGGGCAGCCUGUGCUUUCUGCGGUGGGAGUGUGGAGGGCCGCCCCUCGCCUUCAGCCUGCAUCAUGCCAGCUUUGUCCACGGGCUCUGCUAGUGACACAGGUCUGUAUGAGCUGCUGGCUGCUCUGCCAGCCCAGCUGCAGCCACAUGUGGAUAGCCAGGAAGACCUGACCUUCCUCUGGGAUAUGUUUGGUGAAAAAAGCCUGCAUUCACUGGUAAAGAUUCACGAGAAGCUGCACUACUACGAGAAGCAGAGCCCAGCGCCCAUUCUGCAGGGCGCGGCUGCCCUGGCCGAUGACCUGGCUGAAGAGCUUCAGAACAAGCCAUUAAACAGUGAGAUCAGAGAGCUGUUGAAACUACUGUCAAAACCCAACGUGAAGGGAGCCACCAUUAAGAAGGAUGAGCAGACGGGAGCAAUCGUUGUUGCUAGAGUCAUGAGAGGAGGGGCCGCACACAGAAGUGGUCUUAUUCACGUUGGUGAUGAACUUAGAGAAGUGAAUGGAAUACCAGUUGAAGAUAAAAGACCCGAGGAAAUAAUACAGAUUUUGGCUCAGUCUCAGGGAGCGAUUACGUUUAAGAUCAUUCCCAGCAUCAAGGAGGAGACUCCAUCUAAAGAAGGCAAGAUGUUUCUCAGAGCCCUUUUUGACUAUGAUCCUAACGAGGACAAGGCAAUUCCAUGUAAGGAAGCUGGGCUUUCUUUUAAAAGGGGAGAGAUUCUCCAGAUCAUGAGCCAAGAUGAUGCGACCUGGUGGCAGGCAAAGCAUGAAGAGGACGCCAACCCCAGAGCAGGCCUGAUUCCCUCAAAGCACUUCCAGGAGAGGAGACUGGCCCUGCGACGACCAGAAAUACUGGUGCAGCCUCUGAAAGUUUCCAACAGGAAAUCAUCUGGUUUUAGAAGAAGUUUCCGUCUUAGCAGAAAAGAUAAGAAAACAAAUAAAUCCAUGUAUGAAUGCAAGAAGAGCAAUCAGUAUGAUACUGCUGAUGUUCCCACCUAUGAAGAAGUGACGCCGUAUCGGCGACAAACUAAUGAGAAAUACAGACUUGUUGUCCUGGUUGGUCCUGUUGGAGUAGGACUGAACGAGCUGAAGCGGAAGCUGCUGAUCAGCGAUACACAGCACUAUGGUGUGACAGUGCCCCAUACUACAAGAGCAAGAAGAAGCCAGGAGAGUGAUGGUGUUGAAUAUAUUUUUAUUUCCAAGCACUUGUUUGAGACAGAUGUACAAAAUAACAAGUUCAUCGAAUAUGGUGAAUAUAAAAACAACUACUAUGGCACAAGUAUAGAUUCAGUUCGAUCUGUCCUAGCUAAAAACAAAGUUUGCUUGUUAGAUGUUCAGCCUCAUACUGUGAAGCAUUUAAGGACACUUGAAUUUAAACCCUAUGUGAUAUUUAUAAAGCCUCCAUCAAUAGAGCGUUUGAGAGAGACAAGAAAAAAUGCAAAGAUUAUUUCAAGCAGAGAUGACCAGGGUGCUGCAAAACCUUUUACAGAAGAAGAUUUUCAAGAAAUGAUUAAAUCUGCACAGAUAAUGGAAAAUCAGUAUGGCCAUCUUUUUGACAAAAUUAUAAUAAAUGAUGAUCUCACCAUGGCAUUUAAUGAGCUAAAAACAACUUUUGACAAAUUAGAGACUGAAACCCAUUGGAUACCAGUGAGCUGGUUACACUCGUAACUAAGAGGAAUUCUCAGGAUAGUCUUUUUUAUAGAGAGCAUAAUUAAAUCAUUUGCCAUUUCAGUAGUAGGACUUUUUUUAAAAAAUCUGUAUCACUGUCAUAGAUGUACAGUCUUGGUCAGAAUUGGAUGGCAGUUCUGUUCGUAUCUUUUUACAGUCUUAUUUGAAACACAAUGUGUGACUGUAAGUUCUAAAAAUCAAAAUUUGCACAUACUGUAUUCUAAAAAAAAUUGCAGUUGUCUUUAAUAUAUUUCUAUGUUGUGAAGUUUAAUCUGUAAGAUGUAGCUAGUGAUGUCUGAGGUCCACACUUUUGGCCUCCGCUGUGGCUGCGCCGUGUAGUUUGCACGGUGGCCCCUGAAGCUGUGAGUGCAGCACCACGGGCAGUGCCUGGCAGAUGUGUGAGUCACUGCUGUUUCCAGAAGGGUCAUCACAGAUCUCACCUGCCCAGCUUUAAGAUGGAGUCCUUUUACUAUUCAAAAAAUGCAGCUGUUUUCUUACCUCUACAAAAUAUGUUCACAGUGUGUGCAUUUAGAAAUUUUUCAAAUGAGAGCCUUUUGAGUGAAUAGCCUUCAUAUUAUAAUAUUAUAGCUUGAAAAAUCCCAAUGAGCACACAUCCAACACUGAACACAUAUUUAAUGAGGGAAGACAGACCCUUUGUUUUUUAUGAAGAUCUCACUGAGUUACCCAAGCUAGCCUCAAACUGAGAUCCUCCUGCCCCAACUUCCCAAGUUGAUAGGUGUUUAGCACUGCACCCGUCUUGGAAAACAGACCUUUAAAAAAGUUGUUGUGACUGUAACUAAAAACCUUUCCUUGUGAUGUGAGUUCUGUGGUAUCUUAGGACAGGAAAUGUUUACAAAGGACAUUUCUAUGUAAGUCCUCAGAAGACACUUCUGUAUUUGCUAAAAGCGUUUGGUUUGUAAACUACUGUUAGUUUAUCCCAAUAAAUUAUAACAAUGUGAUUCCUACCCUAAGAUAUGUAAAACAUUUUAUGUGUAUUAAUGAUACAGUUAAAGAAAACUUGAUCAUUUUAAAAAAAUCAUUGCAGUUGGUUACCAUACAUUUAAAUUAUGCUAGUAUGUAUUUUAGAAAACUUUUUAGGUAGCAUUAAUAUCUUUGUCAACGAAGUCUUUCUUAACUUUAGUCAGAUACCAUCCCAAACUCACCAUUAUAGAGAAGUUCCAGAAGGACACUUAUAUUGUAAAUAUUUAGAGAGUAUUACCCAUUUUUCUUGAAUACUGCUGGUCUUGAACAAAGUGAACUAUACAAUGCAACAUACUACAGAUGUACACAAUUCUUACCUGGAAUUCCUACAUUCUACCAUUCUUGCAUGCAAUUAGAUCCUGCUCAUCAAAAAUUAUUGCAUGAGUGACUUUCAAAGAAAAAAUUAUUUUUGUUGCUUUGUAAAGAGUUUAGAUGUCAUGUUUAAAGAAUAUGGAAUGUAGUGAAAUUUUAUAUAUUUAUGAAGUAUUUGAAAGGCAUAUUUUUAAUUAUCAAAUGAGGCUAUUCAUAAAAUAAAUUAAAUAUAUAUAAAGAUGGCCUUAUUAAAAUAGUUUUAUAAAUUAUGGUCAACAUUCCAUGUAAAUAUUUGACCUUCACAUGAACAGACAGAUCCCCAAGUGUUAUAUGUGCACUGAACAUUGGCUAGCAUUCUCUAGUAGAUUCCUUCAGGCAUCUUAAUUAUGCAUAGGAAUAAAAGUGAAAACUAUGCUGGGGCCCUGAUGCACUGAUCAAACUAGAUUUUACCUAACAACAGAAUCCAAGUGAGU